ACGCAGUGUCGCAGUCGUCAAAAACGGUCUCGAAAGAAAUUUCAAGCUCAGUAGCACUGCCGGUGCGACGGUAAACCGCCUCAGAUUCUCAAUUUGCAGAGUAGCUGAAAACCAAAAUUCUUAUAUCUCUGUCUAAGUGUUUGAUUGGCGUGGAAUUGAAUUAAAGGAACCCUGAAACCCUAAGCAACUCCGAAUACAAUCGGAAGGGUUGGUCUAAGGAUUUCUAGGGCUCGAGCAAAAAAGGGGCAGAGGGACAAGAGAGAUAAGAAUGGGGAAGAAACAGCAUAGCAAAGAUCGAAUGUUCAUAACCAAGACCGAAUGGGCCACUGAAUGGGGCGGCGCCAAAUCCAAAUCCUCUUCCAUCCCUUUCAAACGCCUCCCUUUCUAUUGCUGCGCACUUACGUUUACGCCUUUCGAAAGCCCUGUGUGCACGGCAGAUGGCAGCGUCUUCGAGUUAAUGAAUAUAAUUCCAUAUAUUAGAAAGCACGGGAAGCAUCCAGUCACUGGAGCUCCGCUGAAAAUGGAGGAUCUCAUACAUCUAACUUUCCACAAGAAUCCCGAAGGAGAAUUUCAGUGCCCAGUCUUAAACAAAGUUUUUACUGAAUUUACACACAUUGUUGCCGUGAAGACUACAGGAAAUGUCUUUUGCUACGAGGCAAUUAAAGAACUAAACAUUAAGACAAAGAACUGGAAGGAGCUGCUCACUGAUGAACCAUUCACCAAGGAGGAUCUCAUAACCAUUCAGAGUCCUAAUGCACUUGACAGCAAGGUUCUUCUCGAUUUUGAUCAUGUUAAAAAUAAUUUGAAGGUUGAUGAUGAAGAGUUAAAGAAAAUGAAUUCUGAUCCGUCCUAUAACAUUAAUGUCUCGGGAGAUAUCAAGCAGAUGUUGGACGAGCUUGGAACUGAAAAGGCAAAGCAAACUGCACUACAUGGAGGAGGUGGCAACAAGGCAAAAAAUGAAAGAGCUGCUGCACUUGCUGCCAUCUUGGAAGCAAGGUCACGCAUUAAAGAAGAUUCUGAAAAAAAUCCAAAUGGAGGGGCUAAAACCCCUCAAGCUUUCAGCAUUGUAGAUGCUGCAUCUGCUUCUGUACAUGGAAGAAGUGCUGAUGCGGCAAAAGCUGCAUCAAGUGAUAAAACUGCUGCUCGAAUAGCUAUGCAUAUGGCUGGUGAGAGGGCACCAGUGAAUGCCAAGAUGGUCAAGAGCCGGUAUACUACUGGUGCUGCAUCAAGAUCCUUCACUUCUACUUCUUUUGAUCCUGUCACUAAAAAUGAAUAUGAAUAUGUCAAAGUUGAGAAGAACCCAAAGAAGAAAGGAUAUGUACAGCUGCAUACAACUCAUGGUGAUUUGAACAUUGAGCUGCACUGUGAUAUAACUCCCAGGACAUGUGAGAACUUUAUCACUCUGUGUGAACGUGGCUAUUACAAUGGAGUAGCUUUUCAUAGAAACAUACGGAAUUUUAUGAUUCAAGGUGGUGAUCCUACGGGUACUGGGAAAGGAGGUGAAUCUAUAUGGGGAAAGCCUUUUAAAGAUGAACUGAACUCCAAGUUGGUUCACUCUGGAAGGGGUAUUGUUAGUAUGGCAAACAGUGGGCCCCAUACAAAUGGUUCCCAGUUUUUCAUCCUGUACAAGUCUGCAAAUCAUUUAAACUUCAAGCAUACAGUUUUUGGUGGAGUUGUUGGAGGAUUGACGACAUUGGCAGCAAUGGAGAAGGUUCCUGUUGAUAAUGAAGAUCGACCUUUGGAGGAAAUUAAGAUUACAGGUGUUACGAUUUUCGUCAAUCCUUACACAGAACCUGAUGAAGAAGAGGAGAAAGAAGAAGCCAAAAAUGAGAAGAAAGUUAUCGAUGAAGAAGAUGAGAAGGUUGGAUCUUGGUACAGCAAUCCGGGUACAGGAACAGCAGAAACAGUUGGUAGUGGUGGUGUUGGGAAGUACUUGAAAGCACGGAGUUCUCAAGCUGAGUCUGUGGCUGUUGACACUGGUUUAACAGCAGUUGCUGCUGCCAAGAAAAGAAAAUUGGGAGUCUCUAAGGCAGAAUUCAAAGAUUUUUCGGCCUGGUAAUAUCCCAAAUCUGUACCAUAUGUAGAAAAUAUUUUCCAAGGUGGGGAAAAGUGACAUAUAUUCUUUUUAGGGAAAUUAGCUAAUAUUCCAGUUGUUUUUCUGGUAAGUUUGCACAAGGAAUCAUAUACCAUGAUUAAUUGCUUUUGUUACAAUAGAUUCCUAUCUGCCUCUCGUGCGAUCGCAGAACUAUAGUUAUGUCACCGCAACAUCUUGAACUUGUAGGAAUUCACAAUUGAAAGUGAAUCCUGAGUGAUCUGAUUCCCGCAUAUAUUUGAUUAUUUCUGUGGCAUGAAAUUUGUAUU